GCCCUGAUAUUUACACCCUGUCUCUUACCCCAUCCAAGACUCAAACUUAGAAACUUGAAUUAGAUGUGGUAUUCAAAUCCUUAGCCGCCGUGAAGACACGGACGGCCCCCGUAAGAACCCACGAAGCAGGCGAAGUUCAUUGUUCUCAACAUUCUAGCUGCUAUUGCUGCAUUUGCUCUGGAAUUCUUGUAGAGAUAUUACUUGUCCUUCCAGGCUGUUCUUUCUGUAGCUCCCUGGUUUUCUUUUUGUGAUCAUGUUGCAGAUGGCUGGGCAGUGCUCCCAAAAUGAAUAUUUUGACAGUUUGUUGCAUGCUUGCAUACCUUGUCAACUUCGAUGUUCUUCUAAUACUCCUCCUCUAACAUGUCAGCGUUAUUGUAAUGCAAGUGUGACCAAUUCAGUGAAAGAAAUGAAUGUGAUUCUCUGGACCUGUUUGGGACUGAGCUUGAUAAUUUCUUUGGCAGUUUUCGUGCUAAUGUUUUUGCUAAGGAAGAUGAGCUCUGAACCAUUAAAGGACGAGUUUAAAAACACAGGAUCAGGUCUCCUGGGCAUGGCUAACAUUGACCUGGAAAAGAGCAGGACUGGUGAUGAAAUUUUUCUUCCGAGAGGCCUGGAGUACACGGUGGAAGAAUGCACCUGUGAAGACUGCAUCAAGAGCAAACCAAAGGUCGACUCUGACCAUUGCUUUCCACUCCCAGCUAUGGAGGAAGGCGCAACCAUUCUCGUCACCACGAAAACGAAUGACUAUUGCAAGAGCCUGCCAGCUGCUUUGAGUGCUACGGAGAUAGAGAAAUCAAUUUCUGCUAGGUAAUUAACCAUUUCGACUCGUGCAGUGCCACUUUAAAAAUCUUUUGUCGGAAUAGAUGAUGUGUCAGAUCUCUUUAGGAUGACUGUAUUUUUCAGUCGCUGAUACAGCUUUUUGUCCUCUAACUGUGGAAACUCUUUAUGUUAGAUAUAUUUCUCUAGGUUACUGUUGGGAGCUUAAUGGUAGAAACUUCCUUGGUUUCAUGAUUAAACUCUUUUUUCGUGACAUCUAA